CUGGGGACGGAUGCUAGCAAGGGUGGGUGCUGGCAAGGGUGGGUGCUGGCAAGGGUGGGUGCUGGUGGGGCUGGGUGCUACGGGAGGUGAUUGCCAGCAGUGGUGGGUGCUCGCAGGGAUUGAUGCAAGCAGGGGAUGGGUGCCAGCAGGAGAUGGGUCCCACCAGGGGAUGGGUGCCAGCAGGGCUGUGUGCCAGCCAGGUGGGUGCCAGCGGGGGGGGGGGGGGGGGGGUUAGCUGGUGUGGGUGCUGGCAGAGGCUGGCUCCCAGGCUCGCUCUGCCCCCUCUCCCCACAGGUGAGCAACCUGUUGCAGGCUCUGCGAGCCCCGGACGGGCCAUUUCACCAGCCCCGGCGCUGGCUGGGCUCUUGGGUGAGCAGCUCCAGGCAGGCAGCGGCCGGGGCAGCGAGCACCGCGGCGUUCUUCCUCUGCGAGGGACUGCUGGGCCAGCACUUCGACGUGGUCCCCAAUGGGGUGGCCGAGCCCCAGCCCGGCGAUCUCUUCCUCUUCCCGCUGGCCUCAGGGGGCCCUGGCUGGUGGGGCGCCCAUGCCGGCAUCUACUGCGGUGGCGGGGAGAUCAUCCACCUGGAAGGCAGCUCAGGGACGUCCCCAGCGGGGAUCGUAGCCAAGCACGGCAAGAGCCACCUCCUGCGGACGCGGGGAGAGGCCAAGGUGCUGCGGAGGAAGGGAGGGCUGGAUGCGGCCGCCCUGCAGCGCCGGAUCCGGGCGGCCAUGGACCAGGCGCUGGAGUACGACGCCGUCACCUGCAACUGCGUCCACUUCGCCCUCGGCCUGCUGGGGCUGGGGCAGAUCGCCGGGGCCAUGGUGGGUGCCCCCAGCAGAGCGGGUGCCGACACCCCACGGGACCCAGACAACUCCGGCCGAGAGGCACCACAGCCCAACUUCUCUGCCAGGUGUCCCCAGCGCUGCAGUGAUGGAGGCGGCCACGUGCCCACGGGACGCCCAGGGCCGGAGCAUCAUUCCCAAGGGGGGAAGUGGUGUGACGGCGCCUUUGGCAUCAUCUUUGUGCAACAAUAAAUGGUUGUAAGGAGUGUC